AUGCCAGUGUCCUACUAUGGUGAUUUAUCAGGAGAAAGCAGUGAUGAGGAAAGUAGUGACGACUCUUCUUCUUGUAACAGUAACAGUGAUGAUGGUGAAUCAUUGUCCUGUUUCUUAAAAGGUGGUGAAUCAGAUGAACGAAUAAUAACACGCAGCAAGACGACAAAAGGAACAGCAAGGCCCACCAUCAACAACAACGGCCAGCACGCAUCCAACAUCAGUGAUGAGCUGGACAACAACAACGCUCACAUCAAUAUCACUAAUAUUUGGUCCCGAUGUAUUUUGCAUUUGGACAUUGAUUGUUUCUACUGCCAAUGCGAAGAAAUUGAUCGGAACCUGCGCGCCAAUAGCGAAAUUCGUCCCUUGGCCAUUGGGCAGAAGCACAUUAUUGUCACGUCCAAUUACGAAGCACGAGCCUAUGGCGUUCAGAAAUUGCAAUUGAGGGAAAAGGCUUUGGCGGCAUGUCCUCAUUUACUCAUUGUGGAAGGCAGUGAUUUACUACGCUACAAGCGACAUUCACGCAAAGUCUACGAAGCCUUUCGGUUGGCAUUGGAAGAAAUUGCUUCCGAAACGAAUGUGGAGAUUCCCGCCAAGAAGGGAUGCAUGGACGAAAUGAUGGCCGAUCUCUCCCAAGUUGUCAAUCAAAUGCUGGAAACUGGAAACAUCCUACUAGACGACGACGACGACGACGAUGAUGAUACAAAUGAUGAUGAUGAUGAUGAUGAUGAUGAUUCGAAAUCGGGAUCAAUGAAAAAGUACUAUCAGUCAACCUUUGUCUAUGGCGAUUCGGAUGCUCCCAUAACUCUAGUGGAGGAUCAAACGGGACAGACCACCACCAUCACGUCAUCCUUUUCAUCAACAACAACUACGACAGCGCAUCGAAGAGGCCAAUCUUCUAGUCCAGAUCGCAUAUUGCCUCCAUCAAGACGAAACGUGCAUGAUCAUCAUCAUCAUCAUACUACUACUUCCAGCAACAACAGCAACAACAACAACAGCAACAUCAUGAUGGAACAACACUUGUGCAGUCAACGACUUCAUGUGGCUGGUAGACUUGUAGCCAGGGUCUGUCGGAAGAUUGCCAUAAAAACUGGCUUUUUCACCACCGGAGGCGUCUCGGUAUCACCCCUCUUGGCCAAACUGGCAUCGGAUUUGAACAAACCAAAGUCGGUCAAUCUAUUGUAUCCUUGGCGAUCGUCCCAAUUGCUGUAUUCCAUGCCUCUGCGAAAAUUGCAUGGUUUGGGAAGGAGCACCAUGAAGGCAUUGGAGCCAUGCAUGGGAACUGCUAGUUCCAAGCAGAGGUCAAAGAACAAGGACGACGGCGAUGUCAAGACGGUAUUGGAUUUGCUGCAAGUUCCCAACGAGACGAUUGCCAAAGCUUUGCAAAGUAUUCAUGCGUACCAGGAAUCCGGGUCAAAGGAGCAAUGCGACUUGCUGAUACAACGUUGUCGCGGACUCGAUGUCGGCGAGAUUGUGGACGACCAGGGAGGCUUGCCCAAGACUGUCUCGAUUGAGAAUUCCUUUCGACGCAACACUAGGAAAACGCAAAAGGCAGUGCAAACUGCAUUGGACGAUUUGCUCCACCGACUGCCAUUCUUGUUGAACGAUCGGACCUCGUGGGCGCGGGACCCUGAAAAUGCCUAUCCGACCACCAUUCGAGUCACGGUACGACUGGUCGACCAGAGUCUGUUGCACACAAGGGAUGGAACUACCAUAACGGAAGCUCAAAGGCGCAGGGGAAGACGGCCGUAUGUGACCACGAGUCGACAGUCCUCCAUGACCAAUGGCAAGACUUUGAUAUUGGAAAAGGGUAACACGGACCAACAAUCUCGAAUGCUGCGGAAAUGGGUCGAACCACUACUAGAACAGCUUCUGUCCAAGGCAACCAAGACGAAUACUAUCAAUUUGACGAGGCUAAACAUUGCACUUGCCAAUUUUCAAGAUACGGCCACCACCACGACUCCAAACAACAAGAGCUGCGUGCCCUCAUCACAAGCCUUUUUCGGUACGAAUGAAUCCUCAUCAUCCGGCACCAAACGAGCGAGUACUGGUGAAUGGGCUACUGCUACUCCAAACAAGAAUGCAAAGAUCGAGACAUUUGCACAAUCCAAAAACAGCAAUGCAAACUGGAGGACACCAAUCCCUUCUUUGUUGCCCAACGAGCUGUCUCCACCCACACUAAAGUCAAACACUUCAUCAUCAUCAAUCCCAUCCAAACACUCGUCGAACAAGAUGAAAGCAACAAGGAUCGACAAUUUCUUCUAUCGAAAGUCAAAAUGA